CAUGCUUUUGUUUCAGCUCCAGCGCUGAAGAUAGUAGCGCCUCAGUCAGCAACGCAAUAUGCAUCAGCUACUCGCCCUGCAGCUUCGUGCACGUAGUAAUCGUAGUCGUUAAUCGUCAUCUUCAAUACCUCGCAGCUGGCCUCGAAAACACCAUCCUUUCUAUACCGCCAGUCUUACUAGUCCGACGAGCACGAGUUCUGGUCUCCUAAACCUCGUCCUCUUUGCGUCUCGAGAAACGCGCUUCUACAAUGAGCGCAAAACACAACCUACACGUGGCGCACCACAUCCCACCUCACAUGUCCCCCGCCUGGGUCAUCGCCGCGUUGCACAACCACGAGACAGCCCUCACGCUCCAAGCCCUCACCUGCGGGCACGAGAAAGCGCCCAGCACUGCCCCCUCGACCCUCAAAGACACGUACUGGUACCCGCCCGACCAAUACCCCAUCACGACAUACCACGUCACCGAGUGCAUAACCUUGUUUCCCGGCAUUGGGCAGUAUGGGAAGAAGUACAUCACCUUCCCAAGUUGCUUCCAGGAUACGAGGCAGGGCAUAAAGACGCGCGCUGAUGCAGCGGCAGGCGUGAUAGUUAGGGCCGAAUUUAGAGUCGUCGCAAACGGCGAGGCGGGCAGCGAGGUCGAGGGCGAAGGCAUGGGCGUGGGCGAUGCGCAAUGGGUGCUCGUAGAAGACGUCGAAGUUAGCUGCGCAUGGUGGCUGAUGCCGUUUGUAAAGGGCAAGAUGGAGCAAGCCCACCGCGAUGUCUGCAGGAAGGUCAUCGAGAAAACGGACAAGCUGAGAAGCACGGGCUGGGUGGGCAGAGACCCUGUCGCAUUCGGAGAGCAUGGUGUUGUGAGCAGACAGGACAGCAAGGUCGAAGGCACUGAAGACGUAAACACAGGCUUUGCGCAGGAAACGAGGCAGCACUAUGCGAAGCCACAACCUGUCGUAUUUGGACAAACACAUCAGGAUAUUACAGGGCCCGUCGAGGCGGAUGCGAUAGAGUCGCAGCGGACGGACACGGUAGCAGGGCCAUUGCCGGACAAGAUCACAUACCGAUAAUAUCCGCUCGCAAUGCAAAGAAACUACAAACGUUGCUGCAGCUCCACUGAAGUGUAAUCAAGCCAUGGGUCUGAAUUUUGGCAUUAAACACAAAGUGGAGACAGGAAGCUCAAGGUAGUCGACGCAUUGCUGCAUCAG